UACAACGGACGUGACUCGAAUGUUUCUUCAGGUGAAUGUUAAGAAAGGGAAAGUCGAAGUCAAUUUAUACUGGUAAAAGUAUGAUGGAUAUUUUUCGCAGUAGCGUUUUUCGAGUGGCUUUAGCCACGCUUUUGCUCUGUUCAACAAUUCAGAAGUCAGAGUCAUUCAGAAUCACCAAAACACCUUCCAACCCUACUGUUGUGGUAUUAGAAGGACCCAGCAAACAAAUCGAACUUGAGUGGCAGUUUUCUGAUGCACCGAAUUCACUGUACUUUGUUCAGUUAUGGAGACAGAAGCCUGAUGAAGUCAAUAAACAACUAGCAAUAAGCAAUAAAGGAAACGCGUUCAGCUAUCCGAAUGGCCAAAACCUCAACGAAUUCGAGGCUUUCCUUCCUGCAAGACUAGUAUUGAAGAAUGUGAAGAGAGAUGAGGAAUAUACCUACUCUAUUCAUCUGUUGGAUUCUACCACGAAAGUGGUUGGACAAGACAGUGUUACUCUUGAUGUGGUUGUGCCUCCAAAAAUAACUGUCACACCAGAACCAAAGCCAUCACUCACCAUUGGAGAAAACUACACUCUGACCUGCAAUGCAUCUGGUGACCCCUUCCCAAACAUAACUUGGACAAAAGAUGGUACACCAGCAGAAGAAUUUAAUGUGACAGGUUACAAGCUUCAUUUCAUCAAUGUGGAGUUGAAGGAUGUAGGAUCAUACAGAUGUACAGCCAGUAAUGGAUAUGGAGAUGAUGCUACCAGUGUCAGCAUAGCUAGCAUAAGAUGUAAUGAUUGUGAAUUAAAGACAGUUGGAAUAAUAUUAAGGAGUGAAACGUGGAAGUCAGCCUUGAAUAACCAACAGUCAGUGGAGUUCAAAACAUUGCGGGCAAAUGUGUUAUCAGAAAUCUCCAAGGUUUAUGCAAAAAAUCCUGAAAAACAACUGUACAGUGUGGCUCUUCUUGAUUUCAGAUCUGGUAGUGUUGUUGCUAGAGUACAGAUGAAGUUUGGAAAAUCUGUUACUGACCCUUUAAAACCACUGGAAGAUGGAAUCAAAGAUGGAAACCUUGGGGCAUUCAGAGUUAACCGUGAACUUGAUUUGAAUCCAACUACUCUACCACCUACCUCCUUUUCCUCAACAACAUCAGAGGAACCACAAACACCUGCAGCUGAUGCUCGUUCCAGUGGAUUGUCACAACUCACAUUGUGGGGUAUCAUUGGGGGAAGCAUUGCAUUUGUUCUUGUAGUCGUCAUUGUUAUUGUAGUGUCUUGUAUUUGCUGCAGGAAGAAAGGUGGUGCUUCAAAAGGUGGUAGGAACUACAGUGAAGCUGAUGGUUACCGCAUGAACAAGCAGCCCCCUUCAGGACUAGGCACAGCCAGUCCAGCAUAUGUUGAGGCCAGGCAGUAUGCAUCAGUUUCUGCCCCAAUGAGACAGAAUGAACAGCGAAAACCAGUGAACUAUAUGGAGCCUUCCUUUGACAACUCACCAGCACCUGCCAAGCAGCCUCCCCCAUACUCAGCCACAGAAUACAGUGAGUUGGCUCCCCAGAAAAGAGGACAGCAGGGAGGAGAGGGUGGUGGCUUUGAGUUGUGGUGCUAAGCUUUUGAAUGAGUGGGGUAUGCAGGGUUCUCAGCAUUCUGAUCAUUUCCAUGCCUGUACAACAGCUCCUGGUAAUACAAAGAGUACUGCUUUUGUAAUAACCAGUACAAUUUGUAUUAUCAGGUCAGGGAAGACUUUGAUAUGCAUUUUACUGCUGCUGACAAAACCUGGGUGAAGUUUGAAAUUUACUGAGAACCUUAAAUGUACCUUUCACUUUCUGAAGGAGGAGCUUUUCUCUUGGACUAGUUUUAUUUCUUUUUUUCUCAUUUUGGCAUGAAGUAUGUGUAUGUAUCUUUAUCUAAGUAUGUAUAUGGGUAGCUUUUAUACAAAUUCUAGUAAGUUAAAGUUCCUUAAUCAGUUAGAGGCACCUCAACUUCUUUUCCUUAAAAUACCAAAGUUCAGAAACAGCUUUUUUGUAUUUUUUGUCCUUUGCAUGGCGUUAUCAUUAUGAUCCUGUCAUCUUGUGCACAGAUUGCCAAAGAUUUUGACACUGAUGUCUGCUAUUUAUUUUUCCUCAAUUUGAUUGACAUCUGCUAUCAUUUGUCUUUCUUUCACAUUACACAGUAGCUUAGGAAAUAAUUGUGAAAUUGCUUUCAAAAUUGAUUGAACGUUCUAAUCUAGAAUUAUUAGCCAUGAACAACUGUAAAUUUUAAUUUUUUGCCAAUCAAAGGAAGAUAUGGAUGUUCAAUAGUUUUUACUGAUCAGUUGAAAAAAUUCCAAAUCUACAAAUGUAUAUCAUAGUAUAUUUCAGUUGUGCGUGACUGGACCUCGUGUCUGGUAUAGAUUUUGAACCUGACAUUGUAGGUCUCUUUUGUGCACCUAUGAGCACCACUUUUGAUUGAAAAAAUGUAAUUAAAUACCUAUAUAACAGAAUAUUAAGUGAUAUAAACUUACUGCAAGCACUUACAUCUACUUACACAACAUUUGAAAUAAAUGUCGCAGUGAAAGGAGAAGAGUCCUGAUUCAGAUAAAAAUUUUGGAAAAUAAUAUUGAGGAUGCAUGAUAAUUUUUAAUUAACACAGAACAGACCAAAUUUAGGUAGACAGUCUCUUUAGUUCACAUUUGAGCAGCUGAAGUAGCCAUGUUUUUCAGCUUUUACAUGUACAAUUUUUUCAGCUGAACUGGACCGUAUGAGGGAAUUUUCUCAGCUUGAAAUAUUGUGGUUUUUUAGCUAGUACGUGUACGAGGAAUGCUUUUUAUGAUUUAGAAUAUGUUAUAUAGUUUUAGUAGCUGGAUGUGUAUGUUUAACUUUUGAAACCGUGACAUUCAGUUUUUAAUAAGCACAUCAUUGUAAUCACUGACAUAAAAAUAUUGAAUCAAUUUAGAAUUAGCGAACUUCACUAAAUAAGGUUACUGACAUGAUAAUGCGCUAUUUUGAAUUAAAAAUCAACAGGCAGGAGUUAUUGUGAUAGCAUUGAAACAUUUCUCCUCAAUGAGAAGAUUUGCACGUGGAAAAUAUCACAAAUGGGUCCUUCAUGUCUCUCUCUGCAAAACAUGGUGUCUAAUGUUUUUUUAGUGACUUGGCAAGUGGUUGCAUACAGCACAUCUGUUUUUAAAACUGUUAAUCACAUCAUGGCCUGUUCUUUGGUGUUGACGUAAUAGCUCCUAAUGGUCGUUUUUUCAGUUUUAUUGAGAUAUCAGUUCUCGGUGACAACAUAUGUAGUUUUCAGCGGAACAACGUGUGCCACACCUCUCUUGAGGAGAGCUACCCGCAGGAAAUUGUUCUCCCAAACUUUUUUUGGACUUGUCGCGCAAUGGUUCAGUUGAGCGUGUAGCACGAGUCUCUUCAUCCACUUUUAUUUUACUUAAAAGGCAUCUAACUAGUUGAAUUGUAACAAGUAUUUACCUUACGAUAGCUGCGUGGUUAAAAUACAUGCAUGGUCGACUGUCUAGUUUUGAAUGAUCAUUUCAUUAUUUAACAAAGUUUAAAUGAUUUUCGUUUAAUUCAGUAAGACGACUUAUGAUCUAGAAUUAACGAUUUUAUAUUUAGUGAGGCUAUUUUUCCAUCAGAUGUACUUUUUGCUGAUUUCACCCUUGUGCCGCCAGUUCAUGAUGGUCAGUGCCUUUACCAAGUACAAUUUUAGCUUAUCAGGCUUUUAUGCCAGUUUAUAUCACUAGUCAUAUUUUCAAAAGUAAGCAAUUGUUUAUAUAGUAUUCUUAUGGUUACUGUAUAUUCAAAAAACGUGCAAUAAACUCUACUGUAGUAGUAAUUUU